AUGAAGGGCGGUGAACGCCCCGGGGCUGUCAGAUCACCUGCCCACCCAGGACUGGGUGUCCAUCCGCUGGCUGCUAUAGAGGCCGCUGCCGCUCAGGACCGCCUCUCGUGUUUCAUGCAGCGCACACUCCCGAGUCCGUCGUCGUUACGACACACGUGUGUGAGGAAGGCCACCCUCCCCUUGAUCCCACGGGUCAGGGAGGCUUUACACUGUGCCUUAGCGCUGACCAAGGAUCCCCGGUUAGAAAUUCUGCCUCGGACCGUGUCCAAUGCAGGCUGGACCAAAGCAGAGGACUAUACUAGGAGGAUGACCUGCACGUUUAUGGGCAUAGGAGCAGAGGAUGGGAGCGGCGUGUCCGAUCUGAGGGCCGUUGAGAACCUGCAGAAACCGCCACAGGCAGGACGAGCUGAGGAUGAGACCGCAGAGCAAGCGUCACGGAGCCGCGGCUGCAGCAACGCAGGCAGCGGAAGGCGGCUCCAAGGGCUGUGA